AACUACAUCUCCCAUGAUUCCGUGCGCCGCACAGGAAGCGCUCAUGGACAGCGUUCACGAGUGGAAGCGAAAAAUCAUUAGAUUCAGAUCAUCAAACAGAAAGAGUCAAAUGUUUGAAAUAUUAAGCUGUGUAAUCUUUCAUAUAAACGUCACAUCAGUGUCGCCGCGUCUGCUCUAAUUAAAUAUUCAUGAGCCGAUAAAUGAACUACUCCUCUCAGCUGCUGGGUGAACUGGAGAAGGACCCAAAGCUGGUUUAUCACAUCGGUCUGACUCCAGCCAAACUACUGGACCUGGUUGAGAACAACCCUCUGGUGGCCAUCGAGAUGCUGCUGAAGCUGAUGUCCUCCAGCCAGAUCACCGAGUAUUUCUCUGUCCUGGUCAACAUGGACAUGUCUCUGCACUCCAUGGAGGUGGUCAACAGAUUACCCACCGCGGUGGAUCUUCCUCCUGAGUUCAUCCAUCUCUACAUCUCCAACUGCAUCUCCACCUGUGAGCAGAUCAGAGACAAGUACAUGCAGAGAUACAGUAUUACAGCAGAUGUAGCAGCGUUAUUAUUGUGUGAUGGACAGCGCUCGUCUCCUGUGUCUCCUGAAGAACCGUCUGGUGUGCGUCUGGUGUGCGUCUUCCUCCAGUCCCUCAUCAGGAACAAGAUCAUUAAUGUCUUCCGCCUCCUCAAGACUCUGGAUAACGGAGAGAUGCCGGCCGAGGGCAAGACGGCCAGAUGAGCUCAAGGACUGAAGCUGAGUCUCUCUGUCAAAGCUCAUGAGUUCAUCAGUCUUUCAGCGCAGAAGACGCCGGACGAACUGUUUUCUCCUCUUACCUUUACAACAUGCUCCACUAUUGUGUCCUGUUUUGAUCCCAAACAUUGUAUUUUUUGUCCAUUAAAGUGAUGGUUACUUUCAGGUUCUCA